AUGACUCCAACACCCCCCUCGACCAACUCCUCCCAGGGCGGCCGCUCGCCUGAGGAGCAGUUUCGCGUCGUAAGGAAGAGGAACCGCGUCCCGCUCAGCUGCUAUCCAUGCAGGACGAGGAAAAAAUGUGAUAGGAGUCAACCUUGCAGCAACUGUACAAAGCGAGAGGGCAUGGGCACCACGUCCUGCUCCUACGCUACCCCAGUUGCUCGCAAGAAGAACCAAAGUCAAGGAGACUCAAGUCCCGAUGACAUGCAGAAUCGUAUUGACCGUUUGGAAGGCCUAGUUUUAUCUCUAAUGCACGGAGGCGCCAAUAUAGACGCCGCAACAGCUGCCGCUGCUGCGGCCACGACACAAUCCACCACUGACAGCGGCUCGUCUGCCAAGAUUAGCCGUGGGGACGAAGCCGUCAUGGUGGACAACGACGACGACGACGAAAGCGAUACCGAAGAGGGCCUAGCGGCCUCGCUGGGCUUCUUAAAGGUCGAUACUGACAAGGGUAAAUCCCUAUAUGUUGGGCAGGAACACUGGCACACGAUCCUCGCGGAUAUUUCAGAGGUAAAGAACUACUUCACCUCUCAUAAGAAGGAAUUAGAGACGAGCUACGAGCGGGUCAUGUCAUCAAAACCCAUGGCCGCUCGGGAGGGGCCUACGCUCCUCUUUGGAGCCAUUCCAGCCUCAGAAAUCGAAAUCCGGGCCGAGCUACCACCGAAAUCAAGCGUUUUAACGCUCUGCGGACGUUACUUCAACUCUAUGGACAACGCUGUCAACAUCAUCCACGGACCGACAUUCCAGAAGCAACUGCGAAUCCACUGGCAGGAUCCCUCAAAGACCCCUAUCAUGUGGUUGGGCCUGCUCUAUUCCAUCCUCUGUCUUGCGAUGCUGAGUUACCACAAAGUUGGGGACGAGCCGCCUGAGUGGAAAGGCCGAACCCUCGAGUUGGCCAAUGAAUAUCGGUUGCGCACCGUCCAGUGCCUCAUAAAGUCGGACUACACCAAACCCGUUGAGUAUACGGUCGAGACCAUGAUUCUCUACGUGUUUGGAGAAUAUUCGUCUCGCUGGGACGCUGAUCUGGGCCUAUGGCUGAUCGUGUCCUUGAUAACACGGAUUGCAUUCCGCAUGGGGUACCAUCGUGAUGCGAAGUGGUUCCCUUCCCUCACCCCUUUCCAAGCAGAGAUGAGGCGACGGACAUGGGCUCUUGUUCGAAUGUCAGACGUCAUAUUUUCUCAUCAAGUGUCACUGCCUAGCAUGAUAUAUGAGCAUGACUGCGACACUCAACUUCCCAACAAUGUCUUUGACGACGAGUUCCAUCCCGACAUCAAAGCUAUGCCACCCUCUCGACCUCCAACCGAGCCAACUCCAAUCGCUUACAUGAUUGCCAAGUCCAGGCUCUGCAAUGAACUUGGCAAUAUUCUCCAAGCCACCAACCGAGUGGGUAAGCAUGUGCCGUACGAUGAAAUUAUUCGGUUCGAUGCCAAGCUUCGUCAGGUGAUGCAGGAGCUGCCACCUCAUCUGAAGUUAACUCCGUUGGAGAGCUCGCAUGAUCCUGUGACAUUGAUCAUCGCCCGGUUCAAUGUGGAUAUUCUGUAUCAGAAGAUUCUUUGUUUGCUCCAUAGAAAGUACCUCCCGAGGGCGAGGCAGAGCGCAAGGUACGCGCACUCGCGACGAAGCGCCAUCGAAGCAUCGUUGCAGGCUCUGGACCAUCUUGCAAUUCUCCAUCGCGAGUCCCACUCGAAUGGUAGGCUGAGGUCUGUCCAGUGGUAUGUCAAGUCGAUCGCCACCAAGGACUUCAUCCUGCCCGCGAUGCUUGUUAUAUUGGACUUGCAUUUCGACAACAUUGCGACACAAGCUUCGAUUGAAUCAGAGCAUGAAGGAACGUUCCUAUACACCCAAGAGCAGCGGUCAAGGAUGAUAGAGAGUCUGGAGACUGCCAGAGAAAUAUGGAAAACGCUUGCAGACACAUCGAUGGAGGCGUUCAAGGCGACUAAGAUUAUUGAAAUCAUGUUGGAGAAGAUUAAAAACCCCGAACCAGGCGGGCAGAUGUCUCUAAGCUUACAGCCGGAGCCAAUGCAAGAUUUAGCUUCGAACAUGGGCAUCGAUCCGUCGCCGAGCAUGACUCCUGGCCUCAUUGCCCCCCACGGUCUACCGGAGUUCAACACUGGAAUGAAUCCGUUCUCGACGCCCAACCCUGCUCCGUUUAUGGGGAUGGACUUUGGGCUAUCGGCUGCCCCCGAGGGUGUCGAUAUGCAAACCGAUGGAUUCGGCACUGGAGCCCCAGCCUCUCCGUUUUCCUCCAUGUUUAACAACAUGGGAAGUGGCUCCAGCACUGGAAUCGACCUGAACACCAACUUUGACUGGAAUGCUUUCGAGAGCUACACACAAAUGGCCAACUGGGGCGCGGACCAGAGCUUCCAGAUCUAUGGGGCCGAAGGAGAUCCGUCUUCCCCUCAUAAGAGUUCAGCGAGCGGUGGCGCCGGGGGAUCCGGAGCUGGAGGAGCUGGGGGAAGCACGGCUGGGGGAAGCACGGCUGGGGGAGGUGGAGGAUCUGGUGGGAUGAGCAUGUAG